UUCAUAAAUUAAUAGUGUCUUAUGUUAAUGGGGAGUUAAUUAUAAUACUUGAAAGGCACCUUUCCUCAAGUUAAUACAUCAUAAUAACUGUAUCACUUUAUAAACGUCUUGUUAGGUCAAAAAAUACAGCUAAAAGGUCAUAUUUUAUUUUAAUAAGUAGGUUCCAUGCAAAAUUUAUUGAGUCAGGAUUCGCAGGUGAAAGCGUCUGUAAACCAAAGGAUUAACUGUAAUUAACUGAUUUAUCCCCUCGUGCCGGUGCGUUGUGUGCAAGAAGUAAAUAAUUAGCAAACACAUAAGCCAUAUAUUGGUAAAAUCGCACCCCCGCUUUGCACCUACUAGAUCCCCAGCCUCUGGUGAAUCUGUUUCUUGUUCGCUGCCUUUUGUUCAGCAUCGUAAUCUGUUUCCAGCGAGUGAGGAGGAACACCGUCGGCUGCAUCCUGCCCGAGCGGAACCCCGAUAUGUCUCAGCAUUGAAAGCAUCAGAGAACAGCAAGGGAUCACCUGCGCCGAAGACCAACCUUUCACUUAAAACAAGAACCGCUUCAUUUUCCGGACGCUCGGACCGACUGAUCCCGGCGCUGCAGACCUUCACCGAAACAGGUCCAGCAUGCUGAGAGAGGCUCCUGCGUCCCAGUUGCACACCCUUCUGUCCAUCUUCCUGCACCUUCUGCUGGGAUGGGGUGCGGCCGAGGUUGACGUGCCACGCUCUCACCCCGACCUGCGCCGGCCGCUGGCCACUAGAGUCACCCUGCCCUGCCUUGUUGCCCUGCCAGCUGUCCUCCAGCAGGGGGCAGCGCCCAGAAUACGCUGGAGCAGGAAGCCAGGCUCAGGCGGAGAAGGGGAACAGCUGGUGUUACACACUGAGGAUGGUGCCGUUCACGUGGAGAAGGCCUUUGACGGGCGUGUGUCCAUGCCGGGCUACUCCGCGGACCGCUACAAUGCCAGCCUGACCCUGACAGACCUGCGCUACAGUGACUCUGGCACUUACCACUGCAACAUCACUGCAGGGAUGGAUGUCCAACAGGAUACAGUGCCCCUAAAGGUCACUGGUGUCGUGUUCCAUUACCAGGCAGCCAAUGAGCACAGGGGCAUGUCUUUUGGCCACGCCCAGCGGGCUUGUCAGGAUAACUCCGCCCUAGUGGCCACGCCCGCUCAGCUGCUAGCUGCCUUCCAGGACGGAUUUGAGAGCUGCCAAGCUGGUUGGCUUGCUGACCAAACUGCCAGGUCCCCGAUUUGGUCUCCAAGGCCUGGUUGCUACGGCAAUGGGGAUGGUUCACCUGGUGUAAAGAACUUGGGCAGCAGAGACCCUAAUGAGUUGUUUGAUGUUUACUGCUAUGCAACAGAGCUUCAAGGAGAAGUCUUCCAUUCCAGCGUACCAGGAAAACUUAGCUUGGUCAGGGCCGCCGCCCACUGCCGUUCUCAAGGUGCUUGUCUGGCCACCACUGGCCAGCUGUACUUGGCCUGGAGGGCGGGGCUUGACCACUGUGAUCCUGGCUGGUUGGCUGACGGCAGCGUCCGCUAUCCUAUCAGACAGCCCCGUGCCUGGUGUGGAGGGGAAGAGCCUGGGGUGCAUACGCUGUACCACAGUGCUGACCUCACGGGCAUGUCUGAUACCUCAGCCCUCUUCGGUGCUUACUGCUACAGAGAGCAGCUGGCUGGUGGUCUGCUUGUGCAGUCUGCGGAACACCUUCCAGCCAAUCAGAGCGAGGCCAGCCAGGCCCCCCUAUCUGUUGACCAACAGAGUAACUCCCCCAGUACGCCUCCCGCUGACCCAAACGAGGGCUUGCUCAGAGAUUCUCCGGGGGUUAGCCUGGAGACCCCUCCCUGGCCGGAAGGGACGUCCCUGAGCGGGCGUCACGCUGUGGCCUCGGGCACUGAUAUUCAACAGCUAGGCAAUAAGCCGUCCAAUGGGGAGCCGUCGCUUGGAGACAUCAGUGCAUUAGAGAAGGAUGGAGAUGAGGAAGAAGCCGACGGACCGUCGAGAGCAGCAGUCCCCGUGGGCUACACAGCCCCGUCUCUGUUGCCUCCGCCCCAAAAAGCCAGCAGCCAUUUCUCUGCCCCUUUCAAGUCUGUCAUCGUGCCUUGGAAGCUGUGGGGAAGCUCCGGCCAGGGGAGAAUCACGGCCACCUCCAGCAGCCCUGCUCUGGGGGCGACCCGGGACAGAGGGAGGUGGGCAGGAGCCACCAGUCUGCAGACCCCAGGCAGAGAAGAGUCGCUCGGGUCUUCUGGCAGCCGCCUGAAGGAUUCACCCCAGGAGAUCCCUGUUGUGGAGACAGUGGUCCCCUUCAGUCAAGAGGGCAGCAGUAUGGCUAAGAAAAGCUACCCAAUAAAUUCCAAAGGAAGCUCAAACGCCCACCCCAAGUUCAUGGAGCAGGGACAGGUGUGGACACAAUCUCUAGAGCCGUCCACCAAUAAGUCACCCACUUUACUGGGGGCCAAGAGCACAAUGGCCUGGAUCCUGGUUCCGGAACCCCAGGAUAUAGAGCCCCCUGAGGUCCCAACAUCGGUCUCCUUGACGACGGUCUCCCAGGCGACCGUGGAAAAAAGUGCCUCGAUGCUCCACGUGAUUCCGCAAGGAGUUACGGCCCCCAACUCUGAAUGGCCCAGGGCCUGGACAGAACCAUCUCCUAUCUCUCAGGGUUCUUCGGGCGAGGACCGGGAGAAGAAGUCUGCUCCAAAUCGAGAAGCUCUCCCAGCAGAGCCAGGGGAAAGCAGCGAAGGUGACGAUAAAUGGCAGCCCCUUGGAGGAUUUUCCGAACUGGCUGGGCCACCCGUCAGACCACAGGGACCGAGCUGGGAGGGCAGCACCACAGUGGCAGUGGAAAAGCCUCCACAUUCACUUCAGCCUGAAGGCAUGGGAACCGUACAGCCAAAAGUUACACCCUCCGAAGGCGGCUCAACAGACACCAGCAUCACAUCAGGCUCGAGUGCUGGAGUGCCCCCCCCUGUCAGCAUCCAAACCUCCACAGUCCCUCCCUCCCCCCCUCUGAGAGCAGAUCUGCAUUCUGGAAAUGCUGACAGCUCAUUUAUCGCAGCAGAAACGCCCCACAAUACUGAUGACAACAACAAUAAAUACAAGAAUUCAGAGUAUGGGGGGGUUGGUGGCGUCACUGAGGACCUGAGCUCACAUCCCGCCCCCUGGGGAAGCCCCAAGUUACCCAUGACUCAGCUUUUUGCCACUCAGCUCGCCAGCCAGGGGGGGGGAGGGAAGCAGCACUACGCCAGCACACAGCCUGCACUUGCUGAAGACCACCCAUGUGGGACCUAUUCCUGCCUCCAUGGGGGAAGAUGCCGAAUUGAGGGGGGGGGAUACCACUGCGACUGCCCCCAGGGCUUCUCGGGAGAGAGCUGCGAAAUCGACAUCGAUGACUGCAGUUCGCAUCCGUGUCAAAACGGGGGGACGUGCAUCGACAAAGUGGACUCCUUCGUUUGCCUGUGCCUACCCAGCUAUGGCGGAGCCACCUGUGACAGAGACACCGAGAGCUGUGAGCUCGGCUGGAGGAAAUUCCACGGCCACUGCUACAGGUUCUUCCCCCACCGGCACACUUGGGAGAAUGCUGAGAAGGACUGCCGGGACCACAGCGCCCACCUGGCCAGCGUCCGCAACGCUGCUGAGCAGGACUUCCUCUCCGGUCUAAGCCACGAGAACACCUGGAUUGGUCUAAACGACCGCACAGUGGAGGAGGAUUUCCAGUGGACUGACAGCAUGGAGCUGGAAUUUGAGAACUGGAGGGAGAACCAGCCUGACAAUUUCUUUGCGGGUGGUGAGGACUGCGUGGUGAUGGUUGCCCAUGAGAAUGGCAAGUGGAAUGAUGUGCCCUGCAACUACAAUCUACCCUACGUCUGCAAGAAAAGCACAGGGUUUUGUGGCCCGCCCCCUGCAGUGGAAAACGCCUUCCUGAUUGGCCGGAAGCAGGAGCGUUAUGACAUCCAUGCAGUGGUGCGCUACCAAUGCUCGGCGGGCCUGGUGCAGCGCCACGCCCCGACGUCCAAAUGCCGAGCCGGCGGGAAGUGGGAGCGACCCCGGAUCAUCUGCACGAGGGCUCGGCACUCCCACCGCCACCGCCGCCACCACCACAAAAACCGCCACGAGCGCCGGAAGCACCAGAAGCACCAACGGCAUGGGGGCAGAGCCCACCGAGUGGGGGAUGGAGGCCACGCCCACGACCACGCCCACAUCCAUGACCACACCCACGGCCACGCCCACAUCUGAACCUAGCGUUCAUUGCUGCCCCUCUCCUCCUUACGUCACCUGCCCCGUGGUCACCCCCAGCCAUUGUCUCCGGGGAUCGGACUCAGUUCCCCCCCAAGCCGAAGGUCGGCGGGCUGCCGUUCCAUCGAACACGGAUAACGAAAUCCUUUCUUUCACAUCUUCAGUUAAAAUCCUUUUUAUGUCUUAAGUCUUUGGUGAGAUCUGCCUCACUUGUUAUAUCUAAAACAUUUCUUGUAUGUGGAAAUACUGAUUUUAUGGGUUAAAUGACUAUUGUAUUAUUAAUCAAUGCAAUGUGGUAUGAAAAUCAGGACUGAGAAAGCUUUUCUAUUUACCUCACGUUAGAAUUACAGUAUUAUGAAGUUUGAUGUCUGAAUGGGUGUUUUCCGCCAGAGAAGACCGAUGUUAGAAUGUUUUCUUUGUCUGUCUGUUUACUGAAGUAGCACAUCAUCCGCCAUGUCAUGCACCAUGACUGUGGCACUCCACAAUGAUCAUGGUUGGCAGUGAUUUAUAUAAAAAGACUAAUGGAGGGACCAGGUGUGACAGAUUUUCCUCGCCUAGGUUCCUGUAAGUCCUGGCUGCUCUUCCUUCGUCCAACAUCUCAGACACACCACACUCAACAGAGCUCUGUCCGGUUCCUCCACACCUGUGCAUGUUGAUUUGUAAAUGUAAUUAUCCUGUAAAGCCCAGGGUAGAGACCCCCCCACACACACACACACACACACACACACACACACCUAGGCACCUGCACAGUAGCAAUGCCGUCAGCUAAUCGGGAGAGCUGUUAACAUUGAUUAACGCUAGCCUUCAACGCGACGCCCUGGCGCAGAGGAAGCUAUUUGGACAAUCUGUUCACUAACAGACUUUAUUAAUACAAAGUGCUAAGAGGCAAUCGAGCCCAUGGGCACUUCAGGUGGGAUGUGCGACGGUAUUUAUGCGCCAAUAUCCUGACAGCAGUGUUGCUAGGCGACCCAGAGGUUUGUCCCUGGCAACCACACAACAAGCCUGUGCAAUAAAUCGAGGCGUAAAUGGUCUGUCAUGGUCACAAUGAUAACCCCCCCUCCCCCCCCCGUUCCAGCUGGGCAGGUCAGGACCAGAUCGGAACAGAAGACCAAGAUUCUCUUACCCUGAAUAUGGAACUGUUACUCGGAAAAAGUGUCAGAUAUAUCUAGUGUUACUCUCGGCGAGUGUUGACGCUUUGUUCCUCGCUUUGUUCCUCUCUUUGUUGAGGUGCAGCAACGCAAGGUCUCAGCACAGUAGAGAAGCGUAACCCCCAUAUGGAUUGACUGCUAGUGGGCUCUUCCCCCACACUGUCUACAGCACCAGCUUCAGCUCACUUUCCACAGGGAGAGACUGGAGAAGCACCAUAACUGAGCUUCACAAAACAGAUUUAGAUUGUGUUGAUUGGCUGCAUUGGUACUGAAAGUUGUACGUGAUGCUACACGCUAACUCGCAGGACACAGGGCAGUGCAUUCUCUGCAGCUGUCCUGUCGCAUUUCCUCUGAGUUUGUCUCUUCUUGCAUCGUUACAUCGCCUUUUUGGUUCUUUGUUCAUCCUUCUUCAAAACCAUUACAAAACACCGUCGCAUUCAACGCAAAUAUUUCCCUGCGUGUGCGCGUAUGCAUAGUCACACUUGUGUGCAUGUGCGUGUGAUCUUAAAAUAAGAACUGAAGCCUGUUUUACGUGGAAAUUUUCUUUAUAGCAAAGAGCACAGAGUCGUGCGUGGGUUUGAUGUGUUGAAAGGAGGUAUUUAAGGAGGAAAAAAGGACAUUCACCCCUAGUAACCCUCAACCAAAUGGAAAAUAUCUUAUAUUUUAUGUGCUGUCAUCAGCUUCCUGUAUCUAUUCUCAUGUUGUGUUUAUCGCUAAGAGUUUUAUUCCCAAAAUAAAGUUAACAAACACACAGGUAUAUGGAAAAUGAAACAACAGAUGAACAGUCAGGUUUCAAAACCAAGAAUAAAGCUCCAUAAAAACUCAACAAUAAGGAAAGAAGCUCAAACUCAGCUCGACUCUAUUGUUUUUGUGAUUGUAAAUACUCAGUGGUUUUGGGAUAUUAUGGGAUGUGGGAUUAGGUUGGUCUUUUCCUCCCCAGUGCCCCCUGGGUCCACCCAGUACACAGUAUGCUGGCACUCUGAUCGGUUCAUAAGCAAACAUUCUACUUCCUUUCAGUUCGCCAGGAGCGAUGUGAAUGUUGGGUAUAUUAGGGGUGACCCGUCUCAAUCUAGUCCCUAAGUAUCGUUUCAUGUUUCUUGAUGUUCUUGUAAAUUCAUUUGCAUUUAUUCUGUCAUGUUAUUUAUAAAGAGGAAAGAGUAAAUCAUUAAACUUUAUAAUUGGGUACAUAA